AUGCUAUUCGUAAAGGACGUCGAUGCUAACGGUCCGGCUAUAGUAGCAGCAGCCAGGUCUCAGAUAGGAGUUCCCUAUUCAUGGGGUGGUGGCGGUUAUAAAGGCAAAUCAAAGGGCAUAGACCAGGGUGCCCAUACAGUAGGCUUUGACUGUUCAGGACUGGCCCAAUAUGCCGUGUAUAAGGGCACCAAAAAGAUCAUCAACCGGACGGCCGCCACCCAGUACUCCGACAAACACUGCAAGCGUGAGCCCUAUGCCAGUAGACAGCCCGGGGAUCUCGUGUUUUUCGGUAGCCCUCCCCAUCACGUGGCUAUCGUGUCGAGUGCUACCCAUAUGAUAGCCGCUCCCCAUACCGGUGACCACGUCAAGGAACAGGCUAUUUAUGCCACUGAACAGGAUUGCGAUGCUAACGGUCCAGCUAUAGUAGCAGCAGCCAGGUCUCAGAUAGGAGUUCCCUACUCAUGGGGUGGUGGCGGUUGGCAGGGCAAGUCACUGGGCAUUGACCAGGGUGCUCAUACAGUAGGCUUUGACUGUUCAGGGCUGGCCCAGUAUGCUGUGUAUAAGGGCACCAGUAAGAAAAUCAACCGGACGGCCGCCACCCAGUACUCGGACUCCCAGUGCAAGCGUGAGGCCUACGCCAACAAACAGCCCGGGGAUCUGGUGUUUUUCGGUAGCCCUCCCCAUCACGUGGCCAUUGUCUCCAGUGCUACGAUGAUGAUCGCCGCCCCCAAAACGGGUGACUUUGUGAAGGAACAGGCGAUUUAUGCCACUGAACGCCAACCCUAUGUCGAGAGAUGUUACUAACUAUUGUACAGAUUUUUGUCAAUUUGGAUUGACUUUGAAAAUAAAAUUUAUUAAGCAUUUAACUAUAACUAAA